GCGGCGGCGGCUCUGCCGGCGCUGUCCAUGCGCGCGCGCUGGGGCCGGCGGGGCUCCCGGCGCGGAGGCCCGGGGCUGCCAGGCACCCACUUGGCGCUGCUGGCCGCCAGCCUGCUGUCCACCGUCCUGGCCAUCUACGUUUGCUUGAAGCAGCUGCCGCCUCUGCCCUGGGCCUCCCCUGGCCCGCCGCGGCCGGUGAACGUGCUGCUGUGGUGGGAGCCGUUCAGGGGCCGACACAACUCCGGCAGGCCGCCCCCCGACUGCCAGCGGCGCUUCAACAUCAGCGGCUGCGUCUUGCACACGGAUCGCGCGGCCUACGGGGAGGCCCAGGCGGUGCUCUUCCACCACCGAGACCUGGUGAAGGGACCCCCGGACUGGCCCCCGCCCUGGGGCGUCCAGAUGCCCCCGGCGGAGGAGCAGAAAGUGCUGGCGAUGGACGACGAGAGGCAAGCGGCUGAGGCCAAAGCCCUGGCCGCCUUGGGCCCCCGGCCCCCCGGCCAGCGCUGGGUGUGGAUGAACUUCGAGUCGCCCUCCCACUCCCCGGGGUUGCAGGGCCUGGCAGGUAACAUCUUCAACUGGACGCUCUCCUACAGGGCCGACUCGGACAUCUUCGUGCCUUACGGCUACCUCUACCCCAGGACCCAUCCCAGCGAGCAGCCGCCGGGGCUGGUCCCCCCGCUGGCCCGGAAGCAGGGGCUGGUGGCCUGGGUGGUGAGCAACUGGGACGAGCGCCAGGCGCGCGUGCGCUACUACCGCCAGCUGAGUCAGUUCGUGCCCGUGGACGUGUUCGGCAAGGCCGGGCCCGGGCAGCCGCUGCCCGACGCGGAGCUCGUGCACACGGUGGCCCGCUACAAGUUCUACCUGGCCUUCGAGAACUCGCAGCACCUGGAUUAUAUCACCGAGAAGCUCUGGCGCAACGCCUUCCUGGCUGGGGCCGUGCCAAUCGUGCUGGGCCCCAACCGCACCAAUUACGAGCGCUUCGUGCCCUCCUAUGCCUUCAUCCACGUGGACGACUUCCCUUCCGUGUCCUCCCUGGCCGCCCACCUGCAGUUCUUGGACCGCAACCCGACCGCCUAUCGCAGCUACUUCAGGUGGCGCCGGAGCCAUGCCGUGCACGUCACCUCCUUCUGGGAUGAGCCCUGGUGCCUCGCCUGCCAGGCUGUGCAGAAGGCUGGGAACCAACGCAAGAGUGUCCCCAACUUGGCUGGCUGGUUUCAACAGUGAGGUCACUGUCCCCGGGUGUGACCCUGGAGGCCAAGUCUGGAUGCUCUGCGGUGCCUCUCCUUGACCACUGAGUCGUGGGACUGCAUUUCCCAAAUACCUGUUUUUAAUCUAUGGGAACAAGUUGAUUUACCAGUUAAUCUCAUUCAACACAAAGACUGGGUGGGAAGGAUCCUGGGUGCUCGUGGGUUUUGCAUAACUCGUGGUUGUCUGAGGGCAUCCGAGUUCAGGGGUGAAGAAGGGGACCUUUGCUCCUCCUUGUAAGUUGAGAAAACAGUUUACCUACAAGAAACCAUGGUCCCGUGGCUCUGAAUUUCCUCAUCUGCCACAGGCUAUAUUUGUGACCUCUGCUGAGUCCAAAUUUCACAGACUCCUCCACUCACAUGUCCCUGGGCCAAAUGCUGCAAAACCCUGGCUUUAGAAAGAGACUUGUUGCAGGAUAGCAAAGGGACUGUGGCUACCAGUGGGUCUUACUCUUUGUACCUGGAUUCCUCAAAGCCUCAUCGCCUAAGAAAGGUGAGGAGGGUGGUCCAGGCCUCCACUGACUUCAGUAACAACUAGUGUUGUUUGUUCCCCUGCUUUAUGAAUGGAAACAAGAUGCUGGAUUGUCCUUGGAGAAGAGUGAGAGUGAAUAUUUGGUGUACCUCGCUUCAUACAAAUGUAUUCCUGAAAGGCCGCUUUUUAAUCAAAUCCACUCUUAUAAGAGAGCGCAGUGUUUAAUGGAACCCUGUGGAGAAUCCCUUUACAAUGUGAAUAAUCAUCUCCUGAUUUCUUCUCUAUCCGUUUUUCUAUAACCUAGAUUUUUUAAAAACCAUAAUUACAGAUGUGAAAAUAAAGCAGAAGCAACCUUUUUCUCCCUUCA